AUGUAUGCUCUCAGUGAUCCCAAAGAUAAGGAACUACAACAAACUUGUCCUCAUGAGCAUUCAAUGAAAUGUGAAGAAUGUGAAAAUCUAAAAUUUGUCAUCAAAGAUAUUGAAGAAAAAGUCGAAAACCUGUGCCAACAUUCCAGCAUGACAGAAAGGCGGGAAGAUAUGCUCUACGACCUAAAACAGGCUGCAAAGGAUAUUUUUGACUGGAAGUCUCACAUAUUGCGCUCGACCAAUCAAGAGAAUGGGAAGCAGGACGCCCUUCGGCAACUCGAUGAGAAGACAGUUCUAGUGGUCAUGGACUGGGCCAUGAAGUUCCAGCCGAGAAAAUAUCGAGAGAAACAAUCUGAAUGGUUUGGGAAACGUGGGUUGUCGUGGCAUGUUAGCAGCGUUAUUUCAAAGCAUGAUGACACAUUGAGCGUGCAGUCUUUUGUUCACUUAAUUGACAAUAGUAACCAAGACUGGUUUUCAGUGGCGUCAAUUGUAGAAAAUCUUCUUCAGACAGUGAAACAGGAAAACCCGCAGAUAACUAAAGCAUUUUUAAGGUCGGAUGAAGCGGGCUGUUAUCACAACAAUAUGCUGAUUUUAGCGUGCAAUGAUCUUUCUCAGUCAAGUGGUGUACAGAUUGUAGGGUAUGAUUUCUCUGAGCCGCAAUGUGGGAAAGACAUUUGUGAUAGGAUUAUUUGUCCAAUGAAGUCAACUAUCAAUUCUUUCUGCAAUGAGGGACACAACAUUCUUUCUGCCGUUGACAUGCACACUGCGUUAAAAGAACGACCGGUAAAAGGAGUGACUGCCAGCGUUGGAGUGAUCGACGAAUCUAAAAAUACUUUCGACGUUCAAAAAAUGGACGGAUUCAGCAAAUUCCUCGACUUUCGCUUUGAAAAGAAUAAGCUAAGAGUCUGGAGGGCUUACGGUAUCGGAAAGGGUAAAGUAGUUAAAACUAAAUCUCUGUACAAAAAUCGCCUGGUUCACCCUUCUUUACUGCACCUGUCAGAUGAGCAUGGAUUCUUUCCUUGCAAAAGUAGAACAAUGGACACAAAGGAAGAUGCAAAGAAGAAUGAAGAUCAAGAGAUUCAUGUAUUUGAUUGCAAUGAGCCAGGGUGCGAUAAGUCGUUUGACACAUUAUCUGAUCUGGAACUCCAUCUAGAUGUUGGAAACCACCAAUCCUCUACACAUCGGCCUAAAGAGAAUUUGUACGAUUCCCUAAGACGAGACUGGGCUAAGCAGUUUUCCACCAUCACAAAUCUCAAGCCAAACAAGGACAAAGCGAAACACAAGGAACUGCUGUUUGGUGGUUCUUCUGAAUUAUGUGAAGGGUGGGCGUUGGCAACUAGUUCAGGAAAUGCUCGUUUUGCAGAGCACGUAAAGUCAUACUUAACCACAAAAUUCGACCUGGGUAUAACGACCGGUAACAAAAUCACACCAAAAGAGGUUGCACAAGACAUGCGUCGUGCAAGGAACGAGGAAGGGGAAAGACUCUUUUCAAGAGACGAGUGGCUGAAAGAGAGCCAGAUUAAAGGCUUCUUUUCUAGGCUGACAUCCUCACGAAAAAGAUCAGCACCUUUAGAAACCGAAGAAGAAUCAGACGAUGAGUGGGAAGAGUAUGAAAAUGAACUAGAGUUGCUAAAUUUUAUCCAUGAACGCAUUGGCUUGAAGCAUCCAAUUAUCUAUGAUACUUUUAACCUUUGUGAAUAUGCUGCAAAAGGAAGACUCGCAAAACUUAAUAAUACUAUAUUAAAAGAAAUUCUUGAUCACUAUGAAAUAAUUUACACAUCAAAGGAAAGAAAACAAGACUUUGUAACAAAGAUCGAGGAAAUGGUGAAAGAAUGUGGGUGCCUGCAUUGCCAUUGA